GUUGUUAUCACGUGAUAACAAAAUGGCGGCUUUUAGGAAGGCUUUUGUUUACAAGAGCUCAGGAUUCCUCCAAGGAGCAACUGAAAUAACAAAGAGAGAACUGCGAAGCUGGAAAAUUGUCAGAACCAUUUCUUCGACAUCUGCUAAGCAAGCAGCACCACCAGUUCCACUCUCUCCAGCUGUCAGGUUUCUAAUUGAUGCAAACCCACACCUCAAUCCAGCCGAUAUACCAAGCACAGGACCAAAAGGACGCCUGCUUAAAGGUGAUGUACUAAAGUAUAUGGAUGAUUUAAAAAGUGGCAAAGCAGCUCCGACUAAAGGGCCAGGAUUGCCUCCAGUAGAAAGCCCAUCAGGUGAUUCUGGUCUUAGAUAUGUUGAUAUACCACUCAAUAAUAUGAGGAAAACAAUAGCGAAACGUUUAACAGCUUCUAAGAGAGAUAUACCUUACACAUAUGCUGUUAUUGAUUGUGCUGUUGAUCAGUUAAUGGAGCUUAGGAAGAGAAUAUUAAAUGAAACUGGAAAUAAAGUCAGUGUUAACGACAUAAUUAUUAAAGCAGUUGCUUCUACUUUAGAGCAACUCCCUGAGUCAAAUUCAAUGUGGACCCCUGAAGGAGACCUUGAGAAACUGCCUAAUGUUGAUGUAGCUGUUGCUGUAGCAAUAGAGGGUGGGCUCAUCACCCCUAUCAUCAGGAAUACCAAUGCUUUGUCAAUAGUAGAGAUAUCGUCACAAAUUAAGAGUCUGGCUGAUAAAGCAAGAGAUGGGAAACUACAGCCUCAUGAAUAUCAAGGAGGAACAUUCUGUGUUUCUAAUCUCGGUAUGUACGGCAUAUCAGAAUUUACUGCCAUCAUAAACCCUCCCCAGUCGGCCAUCUUAGCCAUUGGACGGAUUCAUACGAUACCUUCCAUUGGACCAGAUGAGACUUUGAGUGGUGUCACUAAAACUAUUACAGCAACACUCUCGUGUGACACUCGUGUCAUGGACUACGAGUUGUCAUGCAAAUGGAUGUCAUUGUUCAAGAAGAAUAUAGAACACCCUUUCGUACUAGGAAUAUAGCUGUUAUAUCAUGAUAGAAAAAGCCAAAAAAAAAA